UGUUUAGUUAAUGACGCGUAUUCCAUUAUUGUUAUUGAAAUUUGCUGUUUUUCAUGAAAGAAACUUAACAGUCAGGGGGUAUUUUUUGUUUGUUUUUGAAAAAAAACAUGUAAGAAGUAAUCACAAAUUGUUGAAAUGGAUAAUUUACGAUGAAUCGAAGGGAAUUAUUUUUAGAAUUAUAAGUGCAAAAAGAGAGGACAAGUGCAAAAUGCCAUUUUGAAAUCAGCUGUCAAAUAAAAAUAAAUUGUUCAAAUGAAGAGAAAUGGAAAUAUCACAGGCAGACUUGAGAAUUGGCGAUAAUUCUGUGGAUUUUACGAGUGUCUCGAUAAAAAAGGAAACAAACGGGGAAUUAAUUGAUAGUUACGAUUCAGUGAAAAUAGGAAAAAUAAUAAAUAACGAGUGCCAGGAGGAAAGAGUAGUGGCAUGUUCGAGAAUUUUGCAAAAUUUUACAACCACAGAUCCAAAUCUCAAUGCCAUACAACACAAUCACAAUGAAUCGUCGACAAUAAAUAAUCUCCUCAUAGAGACACUUUACGUUAAUUCUCUCGACGAAACAAUAAUUAACAGUGAAAUUACAAAACGAGAAUCAACAACAAUUUUGGACAAUUUGAAUAUUCAAAUAAAAAAAGAGGCUGGAAGUUCUGACGAAACAUAUUCAACAGAAUGGCUCUGUGAUGUUAAUGACGAUCCUGGAAUUAAAUUGAAAAUCACAAAGAGUAUAAAACUCGAGAAAAUUGAUGACUUGGAUAAUAGUGUCAAUUUUCACUCAAGCGAGGUAGAUGAACAACCAAAGAGAAAAAUUCGUCAGAAAUCCGUAUCGUUGCCAGAUUGUCGUGAGAGAUUGAGGAAAAAGGCAGAACGUAUGCGCGAAAGACGAAAGAAACUCUACGAGACAGAAACAGCGAACGAGAGACUCGAGCGUCUCGCCAAGGAGGCGGCAAAGAGACGCGAAAUGAGAAUGUAUUACGAGACGCCCGAUCAAAAGCGAAAACGUCUCGAUAUUGAGGCGGCGCGUAAACGUGAAUACAGAAUGUACAAUGAAACACCAGACGAGAGAAGAAUAAGAUUGGAUCGCGAGGCCGAGAGACGAAGACUUAAGCGUUUGAGUUUAUAUGCGAACGAAACGCCAGAGCAGAGGCGCGAGAGAUUAAAUAAGGAAUCGGCGAAGAGACGUGAAGCGAGAUUAAAUCAGUACGCGAAGGAAAGUGUCGAUGAGCGUAAGGAGAGAUUAAAACGUGACGCAAUUAGAGCCAGGGAAAUGAGAUUCACAAGAUCGGCAAUUGAGACGGAGGAGGAGAGACGAGAUCGAUUGAUAAAGGAUGCAAUGAGAAAACGUGAAUUAAGAAUUCUUGGACGUGAAUCGGAGAGUAAUUUCACCGAAUUACAGACUAUUCGCAGUUUCGACGAUUUAAACGAUUCAAAUCAAAUGAAGAAUGAAUUUGAAACACAUUAUAUGAGCAAUUGGAUGAUGUGGUUUCAAAAUACUCUCACACAACAAGUUCAAUCGUCCGAGGAAAGUCAGUCCUCCUCCCCAUCCAAGUAAAUCAUUCUUUUCUAAAAUCCUCAUAUUUCUCUAAUUCCACCUUUUUUUCCACUCAUUAGAAAUCACCCCUUAAAAUUACAUCGAGAUUUAUAAAGUCUUUUUCCAAAAAAUUACGUUCCUAAAGUUCACAACGUUUGUAGAAAAAAUAAUUUUUCGAAAUUAUCCCUGAUAAAUAAUCAGGGUUGCCACAGGUCAGAGAAAUCAGGGAAUUCAGGGAAAAGU